AUGGUGGCAAAAGUAAAUGUACUUAGACAUAUAAUAUAUGAAUUACGGUAUGCUAUACCUGAAGGAAAUUUAAAAAAUAAUCUGAUGCUUCAGUACAUCUUGAAUCAGUAUAAGAAAUACAAAAUAACUGAUCAACAGCUAUGUAAAGCUAGACAAGAGAUGGAAUUUAUGGCAAAUACAUAUUUAUGUUAUUUAAAAAGUAGCAGAUUGGAGCAAGAAAUUCAACAAGAGUUUCAUGGCAAGGGAGAAAGAACUGUAGAAGCUACAGCAAAAAUGGUUGGAUUUAAACUACCCCAUGAUCCUAAAUGA